GCCAGAAGCUAACGGAUCUGUUCAAUCAGCACGGCUCGUUCUCCGCUAUGGAGGUUCAGGUGAAAAAAUGGAGCAAGUCUGUGCUGGGGAAGACACGGGCAGGAGGCUGGUACACACGUGCAUAUCUUGGUACCCAAGCGGGCUGGACCAAGAAGAUGAUCGACACAGCCUUCAAGUGGGCCUCAACCCAUGGCCUCAACCGUGUCAAUCCUGUCCAUGGAGAGGAGGAAGCACGACUCGUGCUGAACGACACGUUCCAACUUUGUGACGAAACGGGCCAAGCAAUGGAGUUCACCGGCAACAUGGAAGUGGAGGACCAGCCUAGCUUUCGUACUGAUCUUGCAUGA